AUGGCUGCUCUGAACGUGUCCCUGUCCUUCUUCUUUGCCACCUUCGCCCUCUGCGAGGCAGUCAGGAGGGCGACCAAGGCUCUGCUCCCGGCAGGCGCCUAUGACAGCUUCGCGCGGGAGGCGGCGGGCGCAGCCCAGCUCGGGGCCUGCUGCCUGGAGAUGAGGAUGUUGGUGGAGAUCGGCCCCUGGGCCGGGGGCUUCGGGCCCGACCUGCUGCUGACACUGCUCUUCCUGCUCUUCCUGCUGCACGGGGCCACCUUGGAUGGGGCCUCAGCCAACCCCGCCGUAUCCCUGCAGGAGUUCCUCGUGGCCGAGGCAUCUCUGGCCAGCACGCUGCUGAAGCUGAUGGCCCAGGCGCUGGGCCUGCAGGUGGCCUGUGCCCUGACGCGGCUCUGCUGGGCCUGGGAGCUCAGUGACCUGCACCUGCUGCAGAACCUCGUGGCCACGCACUGCGACUCGGCCUUGCGCACGACCGUGGCCCAGGGCGCACUGGUGGAAGGUGCCUGUGCCAUCCUCUUCCACCUGACACUUCUCCGCCUGCGGCACAGUCUGCCCGUCUACAGGGUGCCGGCCGUGGCCCUGCUGGUCACCGUCAUGGCCCACACAGCUGGGCCCUUCACGUCCGCCUUCUGCAACCCCGCCCUGGCCGCCUCCGUCACCUUCCACUGCUCGGGGCACACCUUGCUGGAGUACGCCCAGGUGUACUGGCUGGGCCCGCUGACAGGCAUGGUCCUGGCUGUCCUGCUGUAUCACGGCCACCUUCCCCGCCUUUUCCAGAGGAACCUGUUCUACAGUCACAGGAAGAAGUACCGAACCCCCAGAGGGAAGGUAGCAGCAGGUUGUGGGGACACCCAGAUGCCCACAAAGGGGCACAGCAGCCAGGAGCCUGGGCAGAACUGGCGGGGUCGGCAGCCCUGGCUGAACCCUGGAACCGCCCGGAGCUAA